UGUCAGGAGGUGUCAGGAGGUGUCAUGUGUUGAAUGAAGUCAUUUCGUUUUACAUGUUUCUAUUUUGGAAAUAUAUUUCAUCACUCACUUUUUAUUCGCUCAGUUACAAAACAAUGGGGUAAUCUGAUUGUUGAACAACUUAUUCUAUCAUAACGAGAUGAGAUUCGAAUGUAUACAUAAUCAAGUAUGGAGAAACCAGGAAGUUGUUUGGACAAACAUUAGUAACAUAUGAAGUCGACAAUUUAACACUCGACCAAAGAGAUAAAUUCCAAUGAUGAAAAACAACAAUGCAUUCUUUUACUCCUCCAAUUUGAGCAACUUCUUGCAUAUAAACAGUGACAACGCUUCAGAGUAUUAUCAUCAACUAUGUUUGACAUAUAACAAAUCAGAGUAUUUGUCAAACCCUAUAUAUGGGUACGUGAUUCCUAUCAUAGCAUUAGUUUUGUUGGUUCUAAACUCACUGGCUAUCACCGUGUUCAUGACAACAAACCGAAAAUCCCCAACAAAUAUUCUACUGACUGCACUUGCACUCUCAGACAGUUUAGCAAUAUUGGUAAUUAGUCCAACAUUUAUUCUUGUGUAUGGAUUUGAAAACAACUUCAAAGUUAUGAAAUAUCCGUUUUGUAUUUACCACGAUCUGUCUUAUUAUUUAGCCUCUAUGUUUCAUUGCAUUUCAAAAUGGCUGACAACAACAUUAGCAAUACAUCGUCUUAUCGUGGUGACUAUGUUAUUCAGUGGUCGAAGGAUUGCAACCAUGAAAAAUUCAGUUCUGGGAAUAGUGUUCAUAGUUAUAUUUUCCGCUUCAAUAAACAUCAUACCAACUUUACACAGCAAAAUAUAUCGCUCUAUCACAUUAUACAACACAGAAGACAAUGAAUUCAUCGGCGAUAUUUGUGUGUGUAGUGCACGGGAUACAUCAAAAAAAGAAAACUUAGUUGUAACAUGGAUGAAAGAUACAAUAGGAACAAUACUGCCCUGUUGCAUCCUGACUGUGGUCACUGUUGUGUUAGUUUUCAAGCUUAAAGAAGCAAAAAGGGAAAUGGCAAGACUCCAAUCUGAGACUGCUUCAAAGAGACGUAAAUUUAGAUACAUAGAGAGAACCAAUAAAACAAUUAUUAUUAUUUUGAUAUGUUUCUUGGUAACGGAACUACCAUUUGCUGUUGUCUAUACAUGGAUAAUUGUAGAACCCGACCCAACAAGAUCAGAACUGGAUAUAGAGAGCAGAUUUAUAUCCGCCACAAUCCUCAACCUAAUCGUGUAUAUAGGAUUUUUAUCGAAUUUCUUUAUAUUCAUGACAAUGAGUUCCUCUUUUCGACAGAGGCUUAGAGAAAUUUUACAUAUUCCAACGAAAAGAAAAUCAGGUGCUCAGACUCUCAUUCUCCUCCAUCAAAAGAUAAGUACGAGUAUAGAAGUUAGAGAAAAAUAAG